GUGUCAGGCCAUGUUUGGACAGUGCACAAGAAGUAAACAUAAAAUGAGUGUCGGCGGCGCAGAGAAUAAGGAAUAAACAACUCUUUUAAUAGUAAAAAUGGACCGCUUUUCGUGGUCAAAUGGACUUUUAGAAAUAAACGAAACUUUAGUGAUCCAGCAACGAGGUGUGAGACUGUAUGACGGUGAUGAUAAGGCUAAGCUGGAUGUUGGAGUUGUCUUGUUGAGCACCCAUCGGCUGAUCUGGAGGGACGUAAAAAAUCAUGAAUGCUGCAUAGCCAUGCCCCUGUCACAGAUCAUCUUCUUUGAGGAGCAGGCUGCAGGAAUAGGAAAGAGUGCAAAAAUAGUUGUUCACCUGCAUCCAGCACCUGCCAACAAGGAGCCAGGUCCCUACCAACACAGCAAGUACUCUUACAUCAAACUGUCCUUCAAAGAACACGGGCAGAUUGAGUUUUACAGGAGGCUGACAGAAGAGAUGACUCAGAAGAGAUGGGAGAGUACACCAGUUUCACAACCAAUCCCCACAGGAACUGGCUCUCAGACAGGAAAGACACGUGCAGUGGGGAUCGUUGGCAUCGAGAGGAAGAUAGAGGAGAAGAGGAAAGAAACAGACAAAAACAUUUCAGAGGCCUUUGAGGACCUCAGUAAGCUGAUGGUGAAGGCCAAAGAGAUGGUGGAGCUGUCCAGAUCAAUAGCCAGCAAGAUCAAAGAAAAGCAGGGAGAUAUAACAGAAGAUGAGACAAUCCGGUUUAAGUCCUACCUACUGAGUAUGGGUAUUGCUAACCCUGUUACUAGGGAAACACAUGGAUCAGGCACACAUUACCACAUGCAGCUGGCUAAGCAACUGGGAGAUAUGCUUCAGGCCCCCCUAGAGGAGCGCGGGGGUAUGAUGGCUCUCACUGAGGUGUACUGUCUCGUCAACCGUGCUAGAGGGAUGGAGCUUUUAUCUCCAGAAGAUUUGGUAAAUGCUUGCAAGAUGUUCGAGUCAUUGAAGCUUCCUUUGAAGCUGCGUGUGUUUGACAGUGGUGUGAUGGUGGUCCAGCUGCAGUCUCACAGCGAAGAGGAAAUGAUAGCCUCAGCACUUGACAAUGUGUCAGAGAAAGGCUCCUUGACAGCAGAGGAGUUUGCAAAGCUCUUGGGUCUCUCAGUUCUUCUGUCUAAAGAGCGGUUGUUGCUGGCUGAGAAGAUGGGCCACCUGUGUAGAGAUGACUCCGUUGAGGGUCUGAGAUUCUAUCCAAACCUCUUUUGACCUGUUUAGAAUCAUUAUUGUUGAGAUAGAGACAAAUAACCUAAAACCACGCUGCACUGUCUCUACAGAGAUAGACUGAUGCAUUAACACCCUCUUUUUACAUCUAUAUGUAUAUACUGGUAGAGUGUAGAGCAGUAGAGUGCAUGUUGUACUUUGUGCUCUUCAGUGCAGUUAUAAUUAUUGAAUGGUUGGUGUUCUGUUAGUGGUGCAGCUUUGUAGAUUCACUGUAAGUACCACCAGCUAUUUUCUAUCUAGAUCUUUAAAAUUUACCUGCAAACUGCAAAUACUGUACAUGCAGCAAAGUGUUCCCAGAUAUGUAAAAAAAAAUGGGAGUGGGAAAAUUGGCUAAAUGGGGCAUACAGUGUUAUUGUUAUUAUUUUUUUGGAACACCACUUACUGUGUUGCACAGCUUAUACAUUUUUACAGGAGGGGGGUUCUGUUUUGAAAAAGCUACUGAUCACAUUUUCCAAAGUAAAAUAUUCACUUAAGUAAAAAAACCUUUCAGUAGUUUUUCUGCAUCAAGACCUGAUUCUUGGCCCUUCUCCUGUCAAACUGUCUUUGAAUCUAACAGCCUUUGUCGAGGAUACAUUCAAGAAAAGAACAAGUUAGAAAUAAAAUGCCUGCUCUGCUAUCAGUUUGGUUCACAGGGUAUAAAAUAUAGAGCAUAUUUCCAAAUGUGUGCAGAGGUUGUGUUAUAGAAAUUCCAGUUGUGACUGUUUUGAAGCCAAAAUGAAAGGGGAGUACCCUGUUAAUUGGCCCAGUGAAGUGCUUGUAAAUUCUAUCACUUUCCCAUAUCUCUUAACUGUAUAAUAUAUUAGGAGUAACUCCAGAAGAAGUGAUGAAGGUAUGAAAUGCAAGCAUAUUGUGAGCAACUGGUCUAAGUGGCAUCAUGUCUAAAUUUCAUACUUGCUGGGAGUGCUGCCACUGUAUUUUUUUGUUUUUAAUCUGUGUGUGUCCCUGAAGGGCUUUUUACACACAGGAUAGAAAAGUUCUUUGUUCCCAUUGUGAGCUGAACUGAGCGGUAAACAGUGUUUCAUCUCCAGACAAGCUUCCUGUUUUCUGCUCGGUCUCGGUGGAGGAAAAAUGAAGGUCUGCAGACCUGCAUACAACUGAUUAGAUUACCACGCCAUGUGGUUCACUUAUUGACAGUAGAUGAACUUCAUUGGUUCAGGAAAUCAUGAGAGCUGAGCUCAGGCAGGUCUGAUCAUAAUAAUCAGGGAUUCAUGCACAGCAGUGAACUUUUGGUGUAUGUUUUUAUUUACGUAUAAAAAUGGGUCCUGUUCUUGCAUGUUUAGAUGGACUGAUUUACUCACUGGUGCAUUUUAAGUGUCAUCUCUUCAGAUCUCAGUAAUGUUUGUUUUCAUCAGUGGAUCAUAGGAAAAUGACUUGUCAUUAUGUGGGAGGAAGAUAAUCUGAUUGUAUGAGAUGAAUAGAUCCGCUGUUUAAUGCAUUUCAUUAAAUGUUUUUCUUCU